AUGAGUCGAACAGAGACAGUUACAGAAUGCAGCAGCACUAAGCGACAGAAGAAGACCAAGAAGGACAAGAAGCCUUCUCCUAAUAGGUGUGAGUUUUUCUUGCCUCACAAAAAUAGGCAGUGUUCCAUGCAAAGAAAGAAAGGAAACCGAUACUGUUCCGAGCACAUGGUCCAUGAGAAUUCAAAGAAACAAGUAGAGGCUAAAGGCGAGAGAGUACCUUGUCCUUUAGACCCAAAGCAUAGUGUAUGGCUAAAAGAUUUGGCCUUCCAUCUCAAGAAGUGUAAUGCAAAGCCCAAGGAGACUCAUGAAUCAUGGUACGUGAAGAAUUUCAAUACAAAAUAUGGUGAGGAUGAAGUGGACCAUGUGGAGGUAGCGGGGCCUGAAAAGGAGGAUUUUGGACGUAUGAUAAGUAUCCUAAAGGAAUUUAACGACAAGGUCGAGCCGUUGGAAUAUAGAGCCAAUUCUCAUCCUGCUCUCAUACCUUGGCUAGAAGCGAAAGAGAAUCAAAAGCAUAUCCUACAACAGCUGUCGCUAAUUGGAAACUUGAAGGAAAACUCCCUUCUAUCUUGUGACAACUUUUACAUUGAAUUUGGUUGUGGAAAAGCUGAGCUCUCUAGAGCUGUGAACACCUGCGUUCUUCAUGAUUGCAAGACCAUAGGACCCACGUACGGUUUUGGUCUCAUAGACAGAGGGAACAACAGGAUGAAAAUGGACAGUAAGAUAAUAAAAGACUGCGGGGAGAUUGGUUUGCCAACGAUGCCAAAAUUGAAGAGAUCCAAAAUGGAUAUCGAGCAUCUUCAUCUAGAUAAGUUUUUGGAGACCGAAACACCUGAUCAAAUCGUUUGCAUAUCGAAGCAUUUAUGUGGGAUGGCUACCGACCUUACAAUCAAACUGAUUCUUCAUUCGUCAAUAAUCAAUAAUUCCAAAUUGCAUGGUCUUUUAGUAGCCAUGUGCUGUCGACAUGCAUGUAGCUACGAGCAGCUUUUACCAAAGUCAAGAGACUUUUUGAAGAGACACGGAAUAGAGAACAAGCAGGAUUUCAUGAUAUUGAGACAGAUGGCAACAUGGGCAGUUUGUGGAACAAGAGAUAAGGUAACGCCCGCUGAAGAGAUUGAAGAGCGUCAUGAAGACAAGGAGUUGUUGGGGCUCGCAGCUCGUCGCAUGAUCGACGAGAGCCGAGUCUAUGCUAUCCGCGAAGCAAUGCCAGCGUACAAUGUUGAGCUUUUCAAUUAUACUGAUAGAGCCAUCACGUUGGAAAACUCAAGCAUCUGCAUUACAAGAAAAUGA